AUGUCAUACUUAGGACUUAUCAUUGUGCUGGCGUGUGUUGGACCUAUGUUUAUUCAUGGAGUAGAUUUUCCUCCUCACUGGAUCAAAUCUGGAGUUGACGUCAGCAAGGAUAUAACUGCUGAAAAAUCAGACUCUGCCGCAGACGACACAAUUCGAUAUUUCAAGAAAUGGAGGAUUGCGGCGGAUUACAGAAAAGCUUCUACGAUAUUUAUGGUGAAACUUUUUAAUUUCCUACAGAUGGGAUCACCCGUUGCUAAAGCGGCCGGGGGAAUGUUCAACAAACCCGAUCUGAGAUUGUCGGACACCAUUAGGAGUUUCUCCACGAAAGCAGAAAUUCUACAACCAGAAGGAAGCAGAAAAGUGGAAAUGAGGUUUAAGAUUCCCUUUUUACCCCGAAAUGAACGACUUCGAUUGGCCGAGUUCCGGUGUUUGCGUAAAAAAUCCCGAAAAUUAAGAACUAAGAAGUACAAGAUCAAGAUAGACAUUUUUAAGGGAGGAAGCCUUGUAAGCAAAUUCUCCUUUAGGACAUCGCCUUUUGUUCACAGUGAAUAUGACGUGUUCGACGUCAGUCGUGCUCUGUCCCCUUGGAUCAACGGUUACCAUGGUAACGUCACGAUAAACAUUAAACUGCCUUUGAAAUAUACCAAAACGCUUUCUAAAAACAAGUCAAAGAAAACUGAUUCAUUGAUUGUCUUUUACCUGGAAGAUAACGAAUUCCUGAAAAAUAUGUAUGAGAGUUACACUGCGGAAGCACGCACGUCUAAGACGUCAGGUGACGUAGUGUCACGUGGGAAGAGAGCGUCACGUGGAAAGAAUAGACGUCAUCGAAAAAACAGGAGAUGGAACAGAGCAGGGAAGAGAGACGGCUGUCAUUUGUACGACUUUGACGUUGACUUCAACACUGUCGGAUGGGGACAGUGGAUCAUUCAUCCAAAACGUUUCAAUUCCAAAGUCUGCUACGGCAGCUGCCCCUCACCCAUUGACAUACGAUACAAGCCCACCAACCACGCCAUGUUGCAAUCAUUGAUGAGAACCAAACGUCCUAACUCUGCUCCUAUCCCUUGUUGUGUUCCUGUCAAGUUAAAACCACUAAGCAUGUUAUACUUUGAAUAUGAUGAGAUCGUGGUACGUCAUCACGAAGACAUGAUUGCCGAUGAAUGUGGUUGUCGAUGA